AUGAAUCUGAGGUGUCUGAUACCUUUGACUGUACCAGAUCUCAUGAGGGCCAGCAGGGCUUGCCUGAUCCUGGUUGUGAUCACUGGGUUUCUCUCCUGCUUGGCUCUCCUCGCCUCGUUCUUCCGCUCCCACCUCGGCUCCAUGUCCCUGACCCUGGUCUCCGCCGUGGGCAGCUUCAGUGCCGGUCUCUGUGCCACCGUCGCUAUGGCCAUGUUCACAUCCCAGAGCACGAAGGCCAUGAUGAGUGCCCCAGCUCGAGUCAGCUUCGGGUGGUCCUAUGUCCUCGGCUGGGCCGCCUGCCCACUCUCUCUCCUAGCCAGUGUGGCGACACUUUUUUCACAAGGAUCCUCGUGGAGCUGA